AUGGAGUCGAAGACCAUUCAAGGAUAUCUUAAGAAAAAGACCAUUUUGGUUACUGGAGCAACAGGCUUCCUUGCGAUGGUAUUUUUGGAGAAAAUACUAAGGGUUCAACCAGAUGUGAAAAAGGUGUAUCUUCUUCUAAGAGCUCCGGAUAUCAACUCAGCCACGGAUCGCAUGCAUAAUGAGAUCAUAGGAAAGGAGUUGUUCAAGGUUCUCAGGGAUAAAAUGGGUGCAUAUUUUGAUUCCUUUAUAUCGGAAAAAGUUGUGGCUUUCCCAGGAGAUGUAAGUUCUGAAAACCUUGGAGUGAAAGAUUCCAAAUUUAGGGAAGAAAUGUUCAAUGAAAUACAAAUCAUUCUCAGCUCUGCAGCAACGACCAAAUUUGAUGAAAGGUAUGAUAUUGCGCUGGACGUGAAUACAUUUGGAGUUCUUCAUGUGUUGAGUUUUGCGAAGAAAUGUUCAAAACUGGAGAUGCUUCUCCAUGUAUCAACCGCUUAUGUGUGUGGUGAAAGGGCAGGACUCAUAGCAGAGGACUUGUCGUCUUCAUUAAUGGAUGAUAUAAUAAACAAUAAUUUCGAAUUACGUGAAAAGAAGGUGUUGGAGGAGAAAUUGAAUGAAGUAAAAGCACAAGGUGCUUCUGAAGAAAUUAUUACACGCACCAUGAAGGAUUUGGGCAUUGAAAGGGCUAAACUUUAUGGAUGGCCAAACACCUAUGUAUUUACAAAGGCGAUAGGAGAAAUAUUUUUACAUCACUCAAAAGACAAUCUACCCUUGGUUGUUGUCCGCCCACCCGCUGUUACUAGUACUUAUAAGGAGCCAUUUCCAGGUUGGAUUCAAGGUUUGAGAACGAUUGAUAGCAUAAUUGCUAGUUAUGGUAAAGGAAAGUUGAAGUGCUUACUUGCUGAUCCUAUGUCAGUAUUUGAUAUGAUUCCUGUUGACAUGGUGGUAAAUUCAAUAAUUUCAGCGAUAGUGGUGAAUGCAAAUCAAUCUUCUAUUCACAUUUACCAUGUGGGAUCUUCAUUUCGCAACCCUAUAAAAUUUUGUGAUAUUCAAGAUAUUACGUAUCGAUACUUCACCAAAUUUCCCUGGGUGGCGAAGGACGGAAAGCCUAUUAAGGUUGCGAAGUUUAGAAUGCUUAGGACUAUGGCUUCUUUCCGCAUGUACAUGCAAAUUCGCUUCAAGAUACCUCUGCAGGGAUUAAAGUUCGUAAAUAAGGCAUCAUGCCGAUAUUUCAAGGAUAUAUAUGCUAAUUACAGUCGAAAACUCAAAUUGGUAACGCGCAUGGUAGAGCUGUACAAACCCUAUGUGUUAUUCAAGGGCAUAUUUGAUGACACCAAUUCGGAGGAGCUGCGAAGGGUGACAAAUGAGAGUUACAUAGACGCAAAAGAAUUUAAUUUUGAUCCCAGGUGCAUUGAUUGGGAAGACUACAUUAUGAAUGCUCACACUCCUGGCCUCGAAAAGCAUGUUAUCGUCAAAUGA